GCAUUCGGCUAGUCGUUGUCGUAGUCGUCAACACGCUCGGUGCGAGGGAAAGCGGCUCAGCGAGGCAUUGCGUGGACAGCCUUGAUCCGCGAUCAGCCAGCAGAUCUGUGACGCAAUACACGCGUGUGGGCUUUUGGAGAACUUGGCUCUUGUCUCUUUAACUACACAAUUCGGCUCUCUUCUUAUUAUACGCUGCCAAAUUAUACACUACCACACAACAAUUGGGCUUUCUAUUGCAUUCUGUUACUGAGCAAUGUCGGAGGAAACUGCUGUAUUCGCCAAAAAGCCAGAGCUGUCGCUUGCGCAACACAGAUUCGCACUGCUGAACAGCGCACCAGAGCAGCGUCAGGAGCAUGCGCAGGCACUUAUCGAAGGCAUCAAGGCCGACAAGAUGGUGGCAUUCUAUAAGAAGCUAGUGGCGGAGAAUGCGCUGCCAGAGGAUGCGGCUCUGGUGAAGGAGCUGGAGGCUGCAUACACGGCCGAGCUGGCAUCUCUCGACAAGAACAUUGAGGAGGCAAAGGAGGAGCACGGUGAGCUGGAACAGAACGAGAGCAGCAUCCACCGGGCAGUGUUUCUGGCGCAGAUCGGGUCCGAGGAGAAGGCGCAGGCGGAGUACGAGGAGAUCCUGAACCGCCCGACAACGACGCUGAACCAGAAGCUGGAUAUCGUGUUUGGCAAGCUGCGACUCAGCAUGUUCUACGACCGGCCGCACCAGGUGCAGAGGGAGCUGGAGCGGGCAAGCGAGCUGAUCGACCGUGGUGGCGAUUGGGACCGGCGCAACCGGCUCAAGGCGUACGAGUGUGUGUGGCGCGCGAGCCAGCGGCAGUUCAAGGAGGCGAGCCAGCUGUUCAUCGACUGCUUGAGCACGUACGCGAGCCCCGAGCUGAUGUCGCUGACGGACUUUGUCUGCCAUGGUGCGCUAGCGUGUGCGGUGGUGCUGCCGCGUGGCGACCUGAAGAAGAAGGUCAUUGACGCGCCCGAGGUUGUUGAGGUUAUCCACCACAUCCCAAACGUCGAGCGUCUGAUGCGUGCGCUGUUCGACUGCCGCUACGCCGACUUCUUCCGCGCGCUGGCCGGCGUCGAGACUGACCACCUGAAUGUGUCGCGGUACCUGUACGCCCACCGUCGCUUCUACACACGCGAGAUGCGCAUUCGUGCCUACGCCCAGCACCUCGAGUCGUACCUGUCGCUGACCAUCAAGUCCAUGGCCGAGGCAUUCGGUGUCAGCGAGGAGUUCAUCGACAAGGAGCUGGCUCGGUUCAUUGCUGCUGGCCGCCUUCACUGCGUCAUCGACAAGGUCGGCGGGAUCGUCGAGACGAACCGCCCCGACACUAAGAACGAGCAGUACCAGGCCACCAUCAAGCAGGGUGAUUUGCUACUCAACCGCGUGCAGAAGCUGUCGGGCAUCAUCAGCGUCUAAGGGUUUAUUAGGUUACUUUUUGGGCUCCGUUUU